AUGGCCGGCAGUUUCAGAAGCCCUCUAUAUCUCCUCGGUCCGCCAUUACUCUUGCUGGUAUCUAUUCCGCUUGCCGUCUUUGCUGUGCUUACAACUCUUCUCGCCAUCAGUACUCUUGCCGUACGCGUGUCGAUUGUUUACUUCGAGCUUGGAGUCGCUUUGUUCCAUGCCUUCUUCUUUCCUCCACCGCCCAAGAUUCCAUCCAAACAGCCGUCCCCGAGCCGCUUGUCUCCCAAUCGCACUCGUCAUCGACGGAGCAGCAUCGCAAGCACCGCCUCAUCCUUGGAAACCGCCGUACCGACGUCUAAUACUCCACGGCUCCAUAACAAGAGUGGGUCGUUUGCGUCUCUUAUUGGCACAGGCGAGAUUACUAGGGAUUUUGAAGGCGUUGGGGGCUGGCGAGUACCUGGCGAUGAGGACGAAGAGGCUUUAUGGAUGGGAAUCAAUUCCAGACUUGAACUGCCAGCGGUGGUACCCAAGAGGAAACAUCAACGAUCCCUGACUGGUGGCAGCCUGAAGUUCACACGAAGUCCGGAGGCUGUCCGAAUCAGCCCCAUGCAUAGUCGAGCGCGCACACCAAUCCAAACACACGGAAACGAACCAAACGCUGUGGAAGGCUAUUUUCCUCCGCAAACACAUAUGAGACCCCUGAGUACGACUUCAGAUCCCAUGAAAGUCACGCAAGAUAGCAGGAGAAAGAGUGGAAGCAGUUCCAGUGAUAUAUCGCUCUCUCGAAGGGCAAGUGCAGUUCUCAAGCAUGUUGGGGAAUGA